AUAGCGAAAACCGGCAGGCACCAGGCCCAGUCAGCCGAACGCGCACCAUCGCCGUGUAUGUGCCGCACUUGAGCGUACACAGUACACAAUCCGUGUGAAUAUCGCAUUAUAUUUUAUGGUAGGCAACUGUACAAUUGCGUAUGAAAAACGUCAUAUUGUACUCGGAUAAGUUAGUUUAUUUACAAAAAUAAGGUUAUAUUUUCCUGUCGCAACGUCGAAGAAUUCCAUUUCAAGUCCUAUAUUGAAUCUCGUAAAUUAUUAAGAUGGGAGUGCAAAUGAGAACGAAGACCGAAGAAACGGCCGAACCUCUGAUCGAAAAUAACAACAAGGAUAGCGUGGAAGAACCUCUGAAGCCACAACCUCCACAAAAACGUGAAAUAUUAUGGGCCACAGCUAUAUAUUUAACCACUUGGCACGUGCUAGCUGUUAUCUGUACGAUACUUUACUGGAAGAAUGUCAAAAUGGCUACUAUCUUAUGGAGUCUCCUUGUCGGGUUCAUUGGACAAUUUGGUGUAACAGCAGGUGUGCACAGAUUUUACACUCACAAAGCGUACAAAGCCAAGGUUCCUUUGCAAAUCAUUCUUCUGGCUUGCUAUUCAGUUGCUGGACAGUACAGAGUAACAGAUUGGGUUCAUGACCAUAGAUUGCACCAUAAAUUUAGUGACACUGAUGGUGAUCCCCAUAAUGCUAACCGAGGAUUGUUCUUCUCUCAUAUUGGUUGGUUGAUGCAACGUGGACACCCAGAAGUAUUCCGUCGUAGUAAAACCAUUGAUAUGACUGAUAUAAAUAACGACCCCUUAGUGCAAUUUCACACAAAAUAUUAUUGGUUUUUUAAAAUUACUCUUUGUUUCGUAUUGCCUGUACUUGUACCUGUGUUCUGUUGGAAUGAAAGCUGGAUGGAAGCAAUUGGAAUUAGUGGAGUAUUGCGAUUUGUGAUUUUCACCAACAUGACAUUUUCAAUUAAUAGCUUGGCUCACUUUUGGGGAACAAAACCAUAUGACACGCGCAUAAGACCUGUGCAGAACAUGGCUUUGGCUAUACUGACUACUGGAGAAGGCUGGCAUAACUAUCACCACGCAUUCCCAUGGGAUUACCGGGCAGAAGAAUAUGGUGGAAACUUUACCAACCCAACUACCAUGGUUUUGGAUUUGUUCGCCAAAAUUGGAUGGGCAUACGACUGCAAGACUCCAUCAGCAGAUCUCGUCAAACAAGUGGCUAACAAGCAUGGAGAUGGAAGUUGGAGCGAAAUACCAGCUGAAUGCAAAUAGAUUAUUAUCAACACUAAUGCAUUUUUCUAAAUAAUUAUAAGACUUCAUAAACUUUUAAAUGCCUUCAUAGAAUGUUAUUUAAUAUCUAAAAUUAUGAAGACUAGAAUACAGUUAAGUUGUACACCUAUGAAAUGAUAAUAACUGCAAUGGCAUUCAGUAUUUCUAUAGUUUUUGGUUUUACUUUAAAUUUUGGUGUAAUUUUAUAGAUUUUUUUUUAUGAAUAUUAUCAAUGCGAUUGGGUAACAACAUAUUAGUAUAACUACACAUAUUUAUUAUUUAUACACAACACACACACACACAUAUAUAUAUAUACAUACACUUUACAGUAUACACAUUACACAUACUAGUGUACAUAAUGCAAUAAAUUUUGGCUACAUCUCUGUUGUGUCUUGCACAUAAAAAAAAAAUGGAUCAUUAACCAUUAUAACUACAUUUUAAAAUAUUUCAAUAAAUAUGUAUAUGGUGGUCAUUGAAACAAAAUAGCAUAUUGUGCUAAUAAUGCUCAAACAUUAGUACCCAAUCGUAUUACAUUGUCCAAAACUUAGAUAAGUAUUGAAUAAAAUUAUUUAUUAUAAACAUUUGGUAAAUUGGUUGCAGCUGUCCAAUGACGGAUCAAUAUUCCCAAUGUGCUUAUGAAUACGGCAUCAAGUAAUAUUACAAGUGUGUGUAUAUGUAUGGAUGAAAGGUGUGAAUGUGAUAUUGUAAUGUCUAUAGAAAUAAAACAAAUUGUAAGAUAUUUCACUUUCUUUGGUCUGGACAGAGUUUUACCAUUGUAUAAUAAUGCCUUGUUCUAGACCUAUUCAAUAUUGACUGGUUUCAUGAUAUUUCACUUCAGUUGAAUAAUGGUUAUGUAAGCAAAAUAGACUAAGCUAGAUGAUUAUUAUAUUAUAAAAUAUAUUUUAAUUCAGCCUAAUAUCUACAAUAUGCUAUAUAUUAUACAUAUAAGCACCGAUUACCAGGACAGCUAUCACAUUAACACACACACAUACAUAUGCACACAGUGUUAGCCAUUAGGCCUUUUAUAAGUGUAGGUUUAGGAAAUUUUGUUUGUGAUUUUCUUCUGUUUUAUCAUUAUGGUAAUGGAUAUUAUUAAAUAUUAAUGAUAAAACGAAGAACUGAAAUAAACAAAAUUGUAUUUACAAUAAUAAUAAUAAUAGUAAAAAACAAACGCUUUGUUUUAUAAUUAACACAUUAUGAACAAGUGCUGAUACAAAUAUAUUUUAAUAGUUUCCAAUUGAUCUGGUCUAACGACUUUUUCUUAUAGUCUAACUAUAUUAUAAACCAGGGGCUGGUGGAUUCAAUUUAUCUUAAAUAGGAUGGGGUAUAUUAUGAUGUUCUGAAUACAUUAAAACAAAAAACUAAAAAAAAAAUGUAAAAGUGUAAAAAUUAUUCUUUAUGGAAAUAUUCUUAUAGUCUAAUAUUCUACGAUACAUUUUAAACUAUUAUAGAGUAAUACAUUUAAAUAGAUACUGAUAGACUGACCAAUGUUAUUAUACCGUUCUCAAAUUAUAAGUGAAAUCACAAAUAAAUUCUUAUUUUAUGAAUGGUUGGAAAUGUGGACCAUAAAAUCAUCGCCAUUUGGUUUUUAAUAUUUUUAUAAGUCGUGAAAAUUGCCCAAAUAAGCAAAUGCGUCAACCCUUUUCACAUUGAAAUUGUACCUAAAGUCAUAUUAUUAAAGUUUUAAUACUUUAUAUUAAUUAAUAUUGGCUUGAUAUUUAAUAUUUUUUAGUAUUUUAAGGUAAAGUGGAGUAAAUGAUUCGAUUGAUACUUUACUAUUAAAUAAAAAUGUAGUUUGAGCUUCAA